UAAUAAGGUGGGCUGACUUCCGCAUGGAUUGGAUAAAAUUGCAACAUCAUGUACAGUACGGCACAUGCGAACAAUUGCUUUUAAACAGAAAUACAGACUUUUAAAGAAUAUUACAAAUAAUAUCUAACGUAUUAAAGCGUUUGCAGGAGAAAAUAUUACUGAAAAAAAUUGCAUUUAGCAACGACACGGCUCUCGAACAGAAUAAGCCUGGGGUGACAAAUGCAAAGUUUCAGAGCCAUGGCUCGGGACUUGCACUCUUUCUGGGAGUGGGGCAGGAAGAUUGUCUGCGUUGGCAGGAAUUACGCCGAACACGCUCGGGAAUUGGGGAACCCCGUACCCGGAGCCGAGCCGCUGCUCUUCCUGAAGCCGGUCAGUGCCUACCUAAGGCCGGGUUCUGCGAUCCGGCCACCUCGCUAUAGCCGCCGGGUGCAGCCGGAGGUAGAGCUGGGGUUGGUACUGGCUAAGGGCGGCAGCUCUAUCCCGCCGGAAGAAGCUAUGAGCUACCUGGGAGGUUACGCGCUUUGCCUGGACGUGACAGCCCGGGACACCCAGGAGGAGUGCAAGAGGAAAGGUCACCCUUGGACUUUAGCCAAAGCCUUCGACUGCUCCUGUCCAGUGAGCGACUUCAUCCCCAAGGACAGGAUCCCUGAACCACACCGCCUGACUCUCUGGCUCAAGGUCAAUGGGCAGCUCAGGCAGCAGGGACACACCUCCCAGAUGAUAUUUCCCAUCCCCUAUCUCAUCAGUUAUAUCAGUGGGAUUAUGAAACUGGAAGAAGGGGACCUGGUCCUCACGGGGACACCUGCAGGAGUGUCUGAUGUGCAGGAACAUGAUGAGCUGCAAGCUGGCAUUGGUGACCUGAUCACUAUGAAGUUCAAAGUGGAAAGCAAUUAAUUUUAUUGCAGAAUUAAUUAUUUGUAUUAUUAUUUUCUGUACAAUAGCAGCGUGGAAUUCUGUCUAUCAAUUGCGGAACAACAUGAAUUAUUUGAUUUCUUUUGAGAUAGGUACAUUUCUAUUAGGCUUCCCUUCUCUGGACCAUAAACAAUGUAAUCUGUGACCUGAUAUUAAAUAAUUCCUUACAUUACCAGUGACUACACUGCUAGUGCCACAAGUAAAAUAUUUUUAAUCAG